AUGCUAUCGUACAAAUACAAAGUCAUCUUCAAACCAGGCAAAAAUAAUAUCGCCGAUCCGCUGUCUCGAUUGGUUGUCACGGAUGAACCAGAAACAAGUUUCGAUUACGGUACUGAAGAAUAUGUGAAUCACAUUGUCGCACUCGCUGUACCAACAGCUAUCAAACUUGAAGAAAUUAUCACCGCUUCUGGAAAUGAUGAAAAGUUGCAAGAAGUAAAGAUUGGUCUCAUAGAAAACGUUUGGUCCGAGAAAACAAAGAUAUACAAAAAUUUCGAAACUGAGCUGUGUUUUGGCGGUAGCAUUUUGCUUCAUGGAAAUCGCAUCGUCAUGUCAGGAAGUCUACGACCACGUACCAUUGAAUUAGCACAUGAGGGUCACCCGGGCAUCACAGUCAUGAAACGUCGAAUUCGUACAAAAGUGUGGUGGCCAAAGAUAGAUGUUGAAGCGGAAAAGUUUGUCAAGCAAUAUUACGGCUGUACAAUGGUAUCGGCACCACAGCCACCCGAGCCAUUAAAACGAAAAGAAUUACCUUCAGAGCCAUGGAAACAUUUGGCACUCGAUUUUUUGGGCCUUUUACCGUCGGGUCACAAUUUGCUAGUAGUAGUCAAUUAUUACAGUCGUUUCUUCGAAAUCGAUAUCAUGACAAAAAUCACGGCUACUGAAACAAUCAGACGACUCCGAGUGAUUUUCGCCCGUUUCGGUAGACCGAGUACAAUCACCCUCGGCAAUGGAUCGCAACUCACCAGCUCAGAACUGCAAGCAUUUUGCACUGAACACGGCAUCUAUUUAAAUCAUUCAACACCGUAUUGGCCUCAGCAAAACGGUGAGGUCGAACGACAGAAUCGCUCGAUUCUAAAGCGCCUAAUAAUCAGCCAAAAUACACACAAAGACUGGCAUAAAGAAUUGCAAGACUAUUUGUUGAUGUAUCGAUCUACACCACAUUCAACGACGAUGAAAACACCAACUGAGUUGAUGUUUGGUAGAACAAUCAAUGAUAAGUUACCGCAAAUAGCCGAUAAUUUGCCAUUCGAGCUCGAUGAAGAGACCAGAGAUCGUGACAAAACUAAGAAACAGCAAGGAAAAGAAUAUGCUGACGAAAAGCGACGUGCAAAAGAAAACAGCAUUGCAAUCGGAGACUUGGUCUGGCUGAAAAAUUUGGUGAAAGCAAACAAACUCACGGCUACAUUCGAGCCAGUUGCAUUCAAAGUGAUAAGCCGAAGCGGUUCCGAAUUACUUAUCGAAAAUCUGGAAACCAAAAUGCAAUAUCGCCGUCACACACACCGUCUGGGAGAUUAA